CGGGCCCAUCUGAAAGGGAGUCCCUCCUGGAACCCGGCACCCAGGAGGUCACCCUGAAGGACCUGCGGAGGAGCCUGCGCCCUGGUGGCCCUGGGCGGCUCCGUUACUGCACAUCGAGAUGACCACAGCCACCCCUUUGGGGGGUAACACCAUCUUCUCACUGAACAUGACCACCAGAGGAGAAGACUUUCUGUACAAGAGUUCUGGAGCCAUCAUUGCUGCUGUUGUGGUGGUUGUCAUCAUCAUCUUCACCGUGGUUCUGAUCUUACUGAAGAUGUACAACAGGAAAAUGAGGACGAGACGGGAGCUGGAACCCAAGGGCCCCAAGCCAGCUUCCCCUUCUGCCCUGGGCGCAAACAGCAACAGCAGCCAACAGCCUGCAUCGGUGACCUUCAGCCCUGUUGAUGUCCACAUGGAGACUCGGUGACUCCCACGCUAGUGCUGUCUCGGCCACUGUCCAAAGAGCGUUCGGUCAAGACCAAGAAGCACAUUUUUCCUCUGGCAGCUUCACGAUGAGUCCCUUCUGAUCAGGUUGAGGGGGGCAUCUCUUACUCCAUCCCUUAUGCUUCUGGCGACCCCCAGCCCCAUCCUGCCAGGCCCCAGCCCAGCUUCAUCCGUGUCCCUGCCACCACCCUUCCUAAAAGCUCUGCUAACAUUGGGAAUCCACUGAUGUGGGUUUAGCUGUCUCCUCUAAACGCAACAGCUAGACAGACAGACAGGUAGGCAGGCAAGCAGAUAGCCCAGGCCUCUUCUAAUUAGGAGUCAGGAGUCAGGAGUCAGGGCGUGCUCCUGAGAGUGUCUGCUGAGGUCAUAUCAGAGGAAGGGCCCUAUCCAUAGCUUUGCAGCCCAAAAUACUUGAUCCCAUAAUCAGGCACAGGGGAACUAACUGGGACUAACUAACCAAAACUUAACUUGUUCAUAUAUAACUUGUUCUAGGACUAAAUGAACGCUAGCUAGCUUCUGACACCUGAUCUGCAUAUUUCUCCAUCUUUAAGAAAGGUUACAGAAAAAACUGAAUUCUCCAAAGGUGUCUACUCUACAUCUUUAGUAAAGAGUCAAAGUCAAGGACACAGGAUGACCUUAGGAAAACAUGGGAAGAAUGGCCUCUGGGAUGAAAGCGUAUUGGAGUGUCCACGCCAAGAAUGAGCCUGGAGACUGGCCAGGGUGAGGGCCUUUCCCACCCCAGGGGGUGGUGUGGCUGGGUUAACCUGGACUCGGGCUCAUUUCUUGGCUUCCCUCUAUCUGGAUUCUGAGCAGUCCUCACUCUCCAGUUACCACCUUCCCUCCAAGGUCAGGUAUUUAGAGACUGAUUAGAUUACAACUCUAUUUAUGUUACCACUACCCUUCCUUGGAGAAGGCAAUGGCACCCCACUCCAGUACUCUUGCCUCGAAAAUCCCAUGGACGGAGAAGCCUGGUAG